AAAGGUCGCUCUCCUCCCGCCAGCUUGCCACAACUCCCUGAGAUCUCCCAGGUGGCAGCUGCCUCCCCCAGACAGGCUCAUCCACCAUGACCAAACUGAGCGCCCAGGUCAAAGGCUCCCUCAACACCAACACGCCCGGAGUGCAGAUAUGGAGGAUUGAGUCCAUGCAGAUGGUGCCUGUUCCUUCUAGCACCUUCGGCAGCUUCUUCGAUGGUGACUGCUACGUAGUCCUGGCUAUCCACAAGACGGCCAGCAACCUGUCCUAUGACAUUCACUACUGGAUCGGGCAGGCCUCGUCCCAGGAUGAGCAAGGGGCAGCUGCCAUCUACACCACGCAGAUGGACGACUUUCUGAAGGGCCGGGCCGUCCAGCACCGCGAGGUCCAGGGCAAUGAGAGCGAGACAUUCAGAGGCUACUUCAAGAAGGGCAUUAUGAUCCAGAAAGGGGGUGUGGCUUCCGGCUUGAAGCAAGUGGAGACCAACUCCUAUGACAUCCAGCGGCUGCUACACGUCAAGGGCAAAAGGAACGUGGUGGCCGGAGAGGUGGAGAUGUCCUGGAAGAGUUUCAACCGUGGCGAUGUUUUCCUCCUGGACCUUGGAAAGCUUAUCAUCCAGUGGAAUGGGCCAGAGAGUAACCGCAUGGAGAGACUCAAGGGCAUGACCCUGGCCAAGGAGAUCCGCGACCAGGAGCGGGGCGGGCGCACCUACGUGGGCGUGGUGGAUGGGGAGAAUGAGAAGGCAUCGCCACAGCUGAUGGAGAUCAUGAACUACGUGCUGGGCCAGCGGAGGGAGCUGAAGGCCGCCGUGCCAGACACCGUGGUGGAGCCAGCGCUCAAGGCUGCCCUCAAGUUGUACCACGUGUCUGACUCAGAGGGGAAGGUGGUGGUUAGAGAAGUUGCCACGCGGCCACUCACACAAGACCUGCUGAGUCAUGAGGACUGUUACAUCCUGGACCAGGGGGGCCUGAAAAUCUACGUGUGGAGGGGAAAGAAUGCCAAUGCCCAGGAGAAGAAGGAAGCCAUGAGCCAGGCACUGAACUUUAUCAAAGCAAAGCAGUACCCACCGAGCACACAGGUGGAGGUGCAAAAUGAUGGAGCUGAGUCAGCCGUUUUUCAGCAGCUCUUCCAGAAGUGGACAGUGCCGAACCGAACCUCAGGCCUGGGCAAAACGCACACCGUGGGCUCCGUGGCCAAGGUGGAGCAGGUGAAGUUCGAUGCCACAUCCAUGCACAUGCAGCCUCAGGUGGCUGCCCAGCAGAAGAUGGUGGACGACGGGAGUGGGGAGGUGCAGGUGUGGCGCAUCGAGGACCUAGAGUUGGUGCCUGUGGAGUCUAAGUGGCUAGGCCACUUCUAUGGCGGAGACUGCUACUUGCUGCUCUACACCUACCUCAUCGGCGAGAAGCAGCACUACCUGCUCUACAUCUGGCAGGGCAGCCAGGCCAGCCAGGAUGAAAUUGCAGCCUCGGCCUAUCAAGCAGUCAUCCUGGAUGAGAAGUACAACAAUGAACCGGUCCAGAUCCGGGUCCCGAUGGGCAAGGAGCCACCUCACCUCAUGUCCAUCUUCAAGGGACGCAUGGUGGUCUACCAGGGGGGCACCUCCCGGGCUAACAAUCUGGAGCCCAUACCAACCACACGGCUGUUCCAAGUCCGGGGAACCAGUGCCAACAACACCAAGGCCUUUGAGGUCCCAGCCCGGGCCGCCUCCCUCAACUCCAAUGACAUCUUCAUCCUCAAGACCCAGUCCUGCUGCUACCUGUGGUGUGGGAAGGGCUGUAGUGGGGACGAACGGGAGAUGGCCAAGAUGGUUGCUGACACCGUCUCCCGGACCGAGAAGCAAGUGGUGGUGGAAGGGCAGGAGCCGGCCAACUUCUGGAUGGCCCUGGGUGGGAAGGCCCCCUAUGCCAGCACCAAGAGACUGCAGGAGGAAACCCUGGUCAUCUCUCCCCGGCUCUUUGAAUGUUCCAACCAGACCGGGCGCUUCCUGGCCACAGAAAUCCCUGACUUCAAUCAGGAUGACUUGGAAGAGGAUGAUGUGUUCCUGUUAGACGUCUGGGACCAGGUCUUUUUCUGGGUGGGGAAGUAUGCCAAUGAGAAGGAGAAGAAAAACGCAGCCACCACGGUGCAGGAGUACCUCAAGACUCACCCCAGCGGCCGGGACCCUGAGACCCCCAUCAUUGUGGUGAAGCAAGGACAUGAGCCCCCCAUCUUCACGGGCUGGUUCCUGGCUUGGGAUCCCUUCAAGUGGAGUAACACCAAAUCCUACGAGGACCUGAAGGCAGAGCUCGAAAACUCUGGGGACUGGAGCCAGAUCGCUGCUGAGAUCACAAACCCUAAACUGGAUGUUUUCAAUGCUAACAGCAACCUCAGUUCUGGGCCUCUACCCAUCUUUCCCCUGGAGCAGCUGGUGAACAAGCCUGCGGAGGAGCUUCCUGAGGGUGUGGAUCCCAGCAGGAAGGAGGCGCACCUGUCCGUUGAGGAUUUCACCAAGGCCUUGGGGAUGACUCCUGCUGCCUUCUCUGCCCUGCCUCGAUGGAAGCAACAAAACCUCAAGAAAGAAAAAGGACUGUUUUAAGACGCAAAAGUAGCUGGAAAGCAGUACCCUAUCCUGCUUGCAGAGCUUCAUUUUAUUUACUGGUAUCGGUCCUGUACUAAUUGAAGUGAAAUUUUACAGUUGUACCUGUGUGCAGCAGUCUGUGGCAAUCACACUUUUAUUCAGUAAACUGCCUGUUCCUUCCGAAAGAGGAUGCCUCCAAAAGGAGCUUGUGGUCCCAGUUUCAGCUUUCAAGACGGUGGUUGCAUUGUUUCUAUCCUAGCAUGUCACAUUACUUUUUAACCAUCUUGUUCUAGAGCUUUCCCUUAAAAGCAGCCAAAUACUCCACAGAAUGUUAGUUUUUAAGAGCCUUCCAUGGGCUUUUAUCGUGACUCAUCUUUAAUUACGGUGGGUGGGCUGAAGCAUUUUGCAGGUUUACAUCUUUCCCAGAGUAAUGGCUUUUUCUUUUCACAUACACUUUCCUUACUGACUUCCUCAGGUGAUAAGUUAAAAGGGAAUCCUUUGAAAGAGCUGAAUGGCCCAGGCGAUGGCCCUAAUAGAGGUUUCACAAUACUCACUAACCAGGACCCAGAGAGAGCAACAUACACAACUGGGUCUAGGCUUGAGGCCUAAUAGCAAGUAUUGAAACGCAAACAUUAUUUCACCCUCUCUGGUACUUUUAAUGAGGCCAACGCUAGGUUUACAAACUGUUAUCUAGAGCAUCUGCAAAGCUUCACAGGCUCCUCAGAUAAAAACCACUGGAGGUUGGCACUGACUAGAGCCAUACUUGGUUUCCCACCCCAUUUCCUUUAAGGUGUAACAGUGCUGCUUGAAGUUCAAGUCAGAAGGCCAACAGAAGGUAAUUUUCACAACUUCAACAACUGGUUAAGUUUCUGCAAGAAAAGGUCCUUUUCAGAAAUAAGUCAAACCGACACCAGGUUAAUAAAGGCUUUAAUUUCACACACAAAAAA